CCCACUUUCUCUUCGCUCCCUUCCCCAUAGGCCGAAACUAAGGAGAGUGUAGGAUUAUCAUCGAGUCGCAGCUUCGCCCAUGGCUCGUAAGCGCUUGCAGGAGGCCGAGAAAGGAUUUCAGCUGGAGAAGUUUUUGAAGAAAAUAGGAGUAGGGAAAGAUGAUCGGUACUUCUGGAAACAGGUGGGGAAGGCACUGCUGUGCACGUACGCCAUAGUAGGUGCAGUGUGGGUGUACAAUGAAACGUCACCGUUGGGUUGGUGGACACUGAAGCCACGGCCAAAGGAGGAGCGGGAGCUAGCCCACCUGUACGAACGGCGGGAGUUCCCCUACCCCGGCGAUGAAGAAGCCAUGAAAGAGUUUGUUGCCAAGGGAGGGAUGAUUGGGACCACCAUUGGCCCAAAAGGCUUCGUUGAGACUGAUAAGGACGCGUUCAAUUACCAGAAGGAGUUGCAGAACAAGAAGUUUGAGCAAGAAGCUCACAAGCUGUGGUUGAGGAUGAGGAAUGAGGUCAUCGCAGAGCUUCAAGAGAAGGGCUUUGAUGUGGAAUGACUCGCAUGGGGCGGAUGAACAUGACAAAAGUCGUUUCUCAGUUUGAAGAGUGCAGGGAAUGUAAUCAGCUUCUAUUCUAAUUUCUACAAGGCCGUCAUAAAUAUGUGCACGGAUUGUGUGGCCAAUCAUGUUUUUACAUGAUCUUUCGUUUAAGUUCGGAACACUUGUUUUGUGAAAGAUUUCAUUAACUUUUAACACUUUUAAAGUGCAACAAGGAUUUAUGUA